AAAUUUAAUUAGGAUCAUUAAUUAAUCUAAAUACUGAUAAAGCAAAAGGAAGUAAAAGAUUUAUUAAAAGGUGCUUAAAAAUAUCUGCGAUUCAAAAUAUUUAGUAUAAUAGAAAUGAAUUUGUAGGAAUGGAAACAGGAAUAUAAAAGCAUUCGUCAUAAGAUCUUUAAUAUUGACAAAGAUCUUGGAAAAUAAUUAUAAAUGAAUAAAUCUUCUACAUCGAAAAAUGAUAUAUCUAGCAUAAUGAAGGUUACUGAAAAAUCUGAUUUUGAUAGGGAAAAAGAAAGAGAUUAAAUUUUUAAAUAAAUAAAAUUUCUAAAGCAAGAAAAUGAGAAAUUUAAAGAUAAACUAAAAAAUUUUGAGAAAACUCCUCAAUAUUUAUAGAAAAUUUAAUUGAUGAGCGAGAGCUUAGAAUAAAAAAUGAGCGAAUUUAAAAUAUAACAAAUGGAAAUAUUUGAUUAAAUUGCAGAAGAAGAAGAGUAAUUGGAAAAUGAAUUAGAGAUUUUUAAUGAAAGACUCCCUUACUAUGAAAAUUCAAAAUUCGAAAAUAUAGAAAAAAAGAAAGGAAUCUUUCAAAUAUGCGAAGAAGUAGAGUCAGAUGCAGAUGAAGAAUAAAGUUACAUGAAUAAUUAAUAAAAUAAGAAGGUUUACUAAAAGCACUUCACAGAUAAAGAAAAUGAUUCACAGAGUGGGAAUUUAGAAGAAACGAUUGAAGAUAUUGACUAAGAAUUAGAGCAUUUAAAAUAAAAAAUUGAUGUAAUAGAUAAAAAAAUUGUAUAAAAUGGAGGUAAAAAUCAAGGCUGGACUAAUCAAGAUUAAUAAGAUUUUCUAAAAAUUAGAGUACGCCAUAAAAAUUAGAUUACAAAGCAGGCUUUCUUAAAUGAUUGCUUGAGUAUAUUAGGAAUGUUUGACGAACAGUAAAUAAGAGAACACAUAGAUAAAUUUUAAAAAUAUUUAUAAUUUGAAGAAGAUAAAAAGAGUUUGAUGUAAACUUACAAAGAUCUCAAGGAAAAAAGAAAAGAAAUAUAGCUAGAAUAAAUAAGAAAGGAAGAAGUUAAUUAGAAUUAAAAGAAGUAGCUAGAAGAGUAAUAAAAAAAGUAAACUACAAUUUUAAGAGAAAAAUAGAAAGAAGAAAUUCUUCAAUGGAAAUUAAAGAAAUAAGCUAAAGAAGAAGUAAAAAGUGAAAGUGCUAAAAUGAUGUUAGACGAAGAAUAAAGAGAGCGUGAAAGAAUCAGAAGAGCUCAGCUUGAAGAAUAAAAAAGAUUAGUUGAAGAAUACAAGCAAAUUAAAGAAGUAGAAAAGAUGAGAUAAAAAGAAAGAGAAGAAUAUGAAAAAAGUAUUUCUAAGAGGCUUAUAACUUCAAGUGAUAAAGAAAGAAUUAAGUAGAAAGAAGAAGAGAUGAUUAAAAAAAAGUAAGAAAUAGCCAAAAAGUAAUAACUAUUAAAAGAAGAGUCUUAAGUUAAAAAGUAAAAACACGAUGAGCUUAAGUAAACUAAAUAUGCUUAUGUUCCAAGUAAGUUAAAUGAAAAAACUACUGCUUCAAAAAUGAAAGAAGGAGAAAAGGUUGAAACUGGAAAAGUUGAUCGUUUCGGAUCUUGUGCUUAAACAUUUGGAGGAGCUCCUGUUAAAUUUACAGGUAGAGCAGUGCCUUCUUGGAGAAAUGGGGUUUGA